GCAUUCCUGUUUCAUUCAUAGAUGUAGAACGAUUCGAGAACCGAUUUUUGUUUCUAUCCCUCGUCCAGUGUGUAUCGUCUUUUCAUUUUUAUCCUUUACUCCUCGGCCGUUGUUCACGUGAUUCACGAUUCGCCAUCGUUUCAUCUUUCAUCCUUCUGAAGAUGGAUGUUGAGGAUAUGUGCAUGAAAAUUCAAUCAUCGAUUUAAAAACGAAAUUGCGUAAUCGAAAGGGAAAACGCUGUUUUUUUUUUUUUUUUUGAAUUCGUUUUAUGAAUUAUUAGUUACGGUGAAUUGUUUCUUCGAGGAAUAAAAAAAGGUUCACAGGAUGAGGAUCUCUUCAACAACGCUGUUUCUUCUGUUGGCUUUCUUGGUUCAGUGUUCCAUUUGCUAUGGUGCAACGACAACUGCGAAUAGAUGUCCCAUGGUAAAGCUGGUGAAUGGAAGAGUUCGAUUGAGGGUCAGAGGAAGGAUCAUCAAAUUUAGUUGUUACGACGGUUUCACUCUUGUGGGUACCAAGUAUGCAACUUGUUUUCGAGGCCAAUGGGAUACACCUACGCCCAUAUGCGUCAAUGCAGAAUGUCCUGUACCACAAACACCAGAGCAUGCUCUUAUAGUGCCUAAAUAUAAUGGAGCAAUAUUAUUAUAUUUUUGCGAACCUGGAUACACGUUAUUUGGUUCACACGAAAUCUAUUGCAAUGGAAAACAAUGGAAUGGCACAGUGCCUUAUUGUCGAGAUACAAAUGCGGCACCCCCGACGCAAUGUGAUUUCGAGAAACCGGAUCUUUGUUGGUGGGAGCAAGAUCCACAGCACGAUUUCGAUUGGCGGCGACACAACUUCGAGACACCAAGCUCUCAUAUAGGAACUGGUCCAACUCAUGAUCAUACAUUGGGACCAGGAAAUGAGGGUUAUUACUUGUACAUCGAAGCUUCUGGUCGGCUGCAAAAUGAUUCUGCAAGAAUUAUUUCUCCUAUUUAUAACGCAUCAUACACGGACUCUGGUUGUUUCUCAUUCUGGUAUCAUAUGUAUGGAGCAACGAUAGGUGCUCUAAACAUAUACUUCAAACAGGAAAACCUCUUACCUCGUUUGAUGUUCACCAAGGAGGGUGACCAAGGAAACCAAUGGCUGCACGGUAUUUUCAAUCUUCCCAAGGCUAAAAAAGGUUUUCAGAUUAUAAUCGAAGGAGUACGAGGCAGUAGCUAUGUGAGCGACAUAGCCGUGGACGACAUAGCCAUUUUACAGGGAGACAAAUGUCGUAUCGAGAAUAAAAAUGAGACCACGGUUACCGAGAGCGACGAUGAUCAAAUCGAACUGGUGAACGCGCAGCAAACUUGCCGUGGAAGAUGUAAAAAUAGUGUGACAUACAAUUUUACAACUUCGAUGCCACCCACGCCGGAAGUCUGUCUCUGUACCCUCGAUUGCGAAGAACAGUCAAUGUGCUGCCCGGAUUACGCCGAGUAUUGUGUUCUAGCUGAGACCGAAGAGAUGAUCACAACAGAGCAGAUCCCGACUACGAAUCACGAAGGGGCAGUAGUUUCCGUUCCACCCGCGAAAAAGAUCACGGUGACCGACGUGGCGACAGUGAGGACAGGUUUCUCGAUAAAUCCAAAGGACGAUAUCGAUCCUGUCACGUUGAGGCCGUCCACCAGCACCACGUUGAAAUCAUCGUCCACGCGGAAAGUGGAGAAAUCGAUGAAAAUUACCAAACCGCCUCGCACAACAACUACAACAACAACAACAACAACAACUACUACAAGAACAACAGCAAGAACAACAGCAAGAACAACAACAACUGUCGCAACAACGAAAAUUGCACAGACAAAGGAGACGUCAUUCGUUCGACCCACCACCAUCACCGGAAGAUACGGUUCGGUGAACGAGAAACCUGAUUUGGAUAUGAGGAGGGAAGAUCCUGAAGUACAUAGGGCUUCGAAAUUCAGCUUGCCAGGGAUAAUCGGUGUAGUGGUUGGAAUUUUAACCGGAGUGGUGAUUUCAUUAUUGGUCGCGACCAUAAUCGUCAGACGAAGAAAAACGUACAAACGUGGAACUAAUGGAUCGGCUCUCUCGGAGGAUAGCGACGUUCGAUUUUUAACGUCAGACGAGAUUUUGGAUUUCACGUUAGCCAGACCCAGUGACGAGACAGAGAAAGAGAGAAACUCGUGGAAAAUGGGUUAUGGACGAUACGAAGAAGAAAAAUUAUUGAAACUUGCUCUGAAAGUUCCAUGACUCGUGACUGUAUGUAGGACGUACAAAAUCUACUCUAUUUCUGCAAAAGUAUUUAAAUAUAUUAAGUAUUAGUUAUUAUAUGUAUUUAAUAAGGAAAUGAAAAUAACGUAAUCAGUGUUGAUGUAAGAUGUUAGAUAAGGUCUCUUUUUCCAUUAUUUCCAAUAUGCGCUCUUGCUUUGGAAAUGUUAAGCAUGAUAUAUUGAUCAAUUGAUUUAUUUUAUUAAUAUCGUAGAUAUAUUUUAUACUGUGUAUGAUGAUUCUUUUGAUGAAAAAAAU